UGUAGGGGAAAGACUCUAGAGCGGUUGCUAUGGUGCUGAAGGAGCUACCAAGUAAGGCAUCCUCAGAUGGAAAACCCCUGCUCACCGUGACAACCAAGUUGUGUAGUGAGCAGCAAGAGAGCCGUCCGUUACUGAGCCCUUCUAUUGAUGAUUUCCAGAGUGAGAGCAAGAGUGAUACAUCCACACGGCCAGUCACCUCCAACACAGCAGCACUAGACUUGGUAGACUUGAGUGAACCUUAUGAGAGAAGGUGGAGCUGGGACAGAUGGAGUCCCCGUGGGUCUCGUAAGAAUGGUUUCUCUAAGAGUAGCCUUCACAAGAAGAAGACUGAAGAGACAGAGCUGAUCCAGGUGGAGACAGAGCCAUCAUCUCCCAGCCGUUUUAACAGCCGUUCUAACCCUGAAAGAGCCUCAUUAGAUUCAGUGAGCAACUCACCCUUGGCGAAAUGGGAGGAGGUGAGCCUUCACCCAGACAGUGCCUUGAAAGGAGGACGGAAGUGGAGAUAUGAGAGGAAGAGGUGCACCUCCAACCAUUCAUCUAGUGAGCUUUUGUGGUCUGCAGACUUUAAAACAGAUUUCUCUAACAGGCAUAGUACCCUGGAGCUCAGCAUUAGCACGGAGUCAGACCCUGGGCCGGCCCCUCAGCGGCAGAGGCCCCAGCUGGGCGGUACUUUACUGGGGAGACAACACUCAUUAGAGGAGGAGUUUGUUCGAGCCAAGGCUGCUGUGGAGUCAGACACUGAGUUCUGGAAUAAAAUGCAGGCAGAGUGGGAGGAGCUGGCACAGAGGAACUGGUUGGAGGAUGCUGACAGUGAAGGCCUGGUUCCACUCAACUUUUCACCCACUGAGAAGGGUUACUACGUCCAUUCCAGUAACCCUUACAAAGACUACACCAAUGCCUUUGAACAGGGGCUGCAGAAAUGCAGGGAUGGGGAUCUGAACAGUGCUGUACUACUGCUGGAGGCGUCCAUCUUACAAGACCCUCAAGACUCAGAGGCUUGGCAGGUUUUGGGUACCACACAAGCAGAGAAUGAGAAUGAGCAGGCAGCCAUUGUUUGUCUUCAGAGAUGCUUGGUGCUGCACCCAAACAAUCUGAAGUCCCUGAUGGCCCUGGCAGUGAGCCUGACCAACACAGGACAGCAACCAGAAGCCUGUGAGGCUCUCCACCGCUGGAUUAGAUACAACCCAAGAUACAGACAUCUACUCCAGGACCGCAGCCCUCUAGACGGUUCCCCACUGCCUCGCCGCAGAGGGUCCUCCAUAUCCCCCAUCUCCACUCUCGGAUGCUCUCAGCUGGUGGAGGUGUUGGAGCUGUAUCAGGAAGCAAUGCAGCAGAAUGCUGAAGGAGUGGACCCUGAUCUCCAGACAGGCCUUGGUGUGCUCUUCAACCUCAGCUCAGAGUUUGACAAAGCUGUCGACGCCUUUAAUGCUGCACUUUCUGUCCGACCUGAGGACUAUCUGCUGUGGAAUCGCCUCGGGGCCACACUGGCAAAUGGGGACCGCAGUGAGGAGGCAGUGGAGGCCUACACCAGAGCUCUGGAGCUCCAGCCAGGCUUCAUCCGUUCGAGAUACAACCUCGGCAUCAGCUGCAUCAACCUAGGGGCACAUAGGGAGGCAGUGAGGAACUUCCUGACAGCUCUGCACCAGCAAAGGAAGAGCAGGAGUCAUCAGGUGAUGUCCAGCAACAUCUGGGCAGCUCUGCGGAUUGCCCUCUCCCUCAUGAACCAACCAGAACUUUUCCAGGCAGCCAGCGUGGGAGAUCUGGACCUCCUAAUGAGGGCCUUUAACAUGGACAUGUGAUCAAACUUGGACCUGUGAAAUCUAUCAUUCACGUACAGUGGGCACAAAGUUAGGCUCAAAUGAAUAUGGGAUGUCAAUAUGAUAUGCACAGCUAAUUUUGUUGUAUUUAUGGGCAGCCUUUGCCUUCUUCAGAGGUCACUAAAGAGGGUGUUUAUAUUCUAUAGACCACAAACAGAAUAGGUGAUGGGUUUUGGAAGUAGAGGAAUAAAUGUCAAAGAGAGUGAGAGCAAAAGCACCUUUUUCUUGAUGUUAGUUAUAUUUUACUGUAAUAUUUUGAAGGUUAUCAGAAAACUUUGUAUACUUUAGAAAAAUUAAC